GGCCCUCCACGGAGACGCCCGUGGGCUCCACCAACUCAGCCGCCUCCUCCAGGCCCUCCAUGGAGACGCCCGCUCCACAAGGAAUCAAUUGGGCCCUUCAGGUUGCUCAAGCUGGGGCCAGGAUUGAACAAUGUGGGACCUAUUUGGGUGGUUGGGAAGCCUACCUGAGGGGACGCAGCGAGUUUCUAUGUCAGUUAGCAGGUUUUGCUCCGGAAGGUCGAUUUCCGGCGGCUGUGGUUUGGAUGGCAGGGGCAUGCAAUGCCAUUGGCCAGGCCUUGGGCCAUUUUGCAGACAUGAUUAAGGGAGCGUCUGAGCUCUACGCCCUGGUAGGAGGUGCGAUCCAGCGCUUCGUGGAGCAAAAUUUGGCAGGGAUGGGUGCUGAGGCCCAAGGCGACGUAGAGAAUCCCUUGUCGGCCCCCAGGCUAGUCAUCGUUAGAUCAGUUCAGGAGCUAGAGGAGCUGUUGGCAAUCUGGAAGGUCACGGGGAUAGCCUUUCAAGUUGAUGUAGAUCCGGAGACGCACUGCAGCAUCGGGUUUGACUGCUACAAGCGCCUCCAUGAGGAAGGCCAGCAUGCGCUGGAGCUGAUCCGGACAGCUCGGCACAUAAUGCUGAAGCGAGAAGAGUACCUGCAGGCGCAGCAGGCUCCACCGGCCCCAGGGACAUGAGCCCCGGCCGAGGACCAAUGAACAUACGUACUUACACAGUAGAAGAGAACCUGGAGUAGUACUUUAGAACUAGUAUUCUUUUACUACAUAUACGAGAAUGAUGCUGCUGCUACCAAUUUGUAGCGGUCAAGUCAUGAUUGACAAGCGUGGUGUUGCGAACAGUUUGAGAAUGUUGUUUCGCUACCAAUUUGUAGCGGUCAAGACUCAAGUCAUCAUUGACACAUAGUUUGGCCAGCUUUUGGAUUAUUUU